CAGUACUGUUGAAGAUGUCUCUGAGUCCUGCCAAUGCUGAAGGGUUGUCAAUCGCAGGUUUGGAUUCUGUAAAGUACAUGUUGUAUACCUUCUAGUCCAUCCCUUCCAUGAACUUUUGAAGAGAAGCUGUGCACGAAGCUCAGCAUCUACAACUAUUCCUGGAGAAUGACUGACCAGGUCUAGCUGUGCACUGCUCAGCCUGGCAGAGCAUGAACAGGUACAGCGGUCCACUGUUGGGCAGUGCGUCCAGCGUGACCGAGGCACCAUAUUCGGACAUGCGACGGCGCAGAAACACCAAACUGUCCUCCACGACACAAAUGCCGACAUGUUCCACUUGUGAUGUCUGCCAGCCGGCCUGCAGUCCUCCGGGCCUCUUGCCCCCGGUCCGGGUCAAGCUGAAAUGUGAGCUGGAGAAAGAGCAGCAUAGAUGUGCUCCCAUCUCCCUGUCAGAACUGAGAGAAGUCCUGACAGAUAGGGUACAGAGGCAGUGUAUCCUCCACUGUGUGUCUCAGGAGGACCAGCAAGCACUGACAGCGGUGAUGAUGUCAGAGCUCGGGCUGAUUUGGCAGGAUCUCAGAAGCUUGAACUGUGAUCCAACCCUUUCCCAAGAGGAGAAUAGACAGCUCCGCAGCGAGAUCCUCAAUGAGAUCUUGAGAGUCUGCGAGCAGCUUUACCUGCGCUACAUACACUUGCAGGACACUCUGAGGAAGCGGGGUGUGUUCAGUGACGAGGCCAAUCGCAGCCGUCUGGGGGCACAGAUGGCUACAGACUGCACCACUCUUCUGAAGGUACGGUUCAUCAGGAGGAAGGUGACUGCAGCGAUCAAGGCUAGGAGAUCCAGGGUCAGCCAAAAGGAUGGCAGCGGAGAUCACAGACAACAGGGGAUGCCAAGCGUGCAUUCCGUCACACCCAAACAGGGGUGUGGAUUCAGCAGCAGCGUGGCAGCAGUGGAAAGGCUGCAGGAAACCUCCCUGGAGCAGGACCUCAGAGAGAUUGAUGAGAGUAUUGGAGAACUGGACCUGGAAUGUAUGUAUGAUCUCAUGCCAUGUCGCCUGGAAGAGAUCACCAGCAGAAGAGGCAGUCAUUACACAGCUGAUGGCACACCGAGAGAUACAGGUGAUGAGGAUGAGCUCUACACACCCCAUAGGCCUUUUACAAGACUGAAGAGCUGCCAGUCUAUGCCAGAGUUGCAGCAGGACUCCUUCCUGGAGGAGAUGGGGGUGGAACUAUUGCCAGCACGCCCCGCAUCAGCUGUGGCAUUACUGGGCCCAAGGCCUCGCUCCAGCCACAGGAUGUCAGUCAACACAGCAGCAGAGGACUUGAGGAGACUGACGCAAGACAGAGAUUCUCUGGAUGAGGCCAUGGCGAGAGACCCUGAAGCAGACAUGUCUCCUCUGAUCAGUGCCCUGCCUCCCAGUCGCUCCUCCAAACUGCUGCUCCUGCAGGAAGCACUACAGAGACUAAGCAAGGAAGAAAAGGAGGUUGCAGUGAAGAAAACUCUAGCAGAGGAACCUCUACACCCACAGGGAGAUGUCAAUAUCCCUCUCUCUCCUGAGUCCAUCUGCACUGCUGCUUGUCAUGUGUCCGACACAGUACUGACCGAGACACUGAACCUCCAGGCGUACCCGCCUGUCUACAGGGACCCGAUUGAAGAGGUGGAUCCCUCUUCAGUGGAGGGGUGGGAGAGGUGGGACCAAAACCUUUUCCCUGGACUAGAAACCAAGGUGGUCUGCAGGGAGUCAUCAACAAGCAUAUCCACUGGGAAUGUGAACUUUGAUGAUGAUUCAUUUAUCGAUCCACCUUUGGAGGGUGAUAACUACAAGUGGACUCCCCCAAAGAAGAGCAAGAGUUUACGGAAUUUAAAGCUGAAAAGGAGGAGGACAAGAAUUCAAACGGAACAAAAGAAGCCACCAGAUGACACAUGGGGAGCAUACACUUCUUGGCUGCAGUGCUGGAAGUCAAACCUGAGUGCGGAGGACUAUCACAAGUACCUUUCCAACCAGAAGCUGGAUUGCUUGAGUGCCAUGUUUCAGAUUCAUGACAGCAAUAACAGUGGCAAAAAAGAGGACGUUAAGACGAAAGCUCCCAUUCCUCAGCAUGAAGAUCAGCAAAACAGCCAGAGGAAGAAGACUGAUGCCCAAAAGUCCAGAAAGGGGGAGUUUGUGGCAGGGGUGUGGAACGUGAAUUCUGUGUCAAUUGGGGAGUUCUGUGAAGAGCCAACUGUGGAAGAGAAAGAGGGCGCAGAUGAAGACAUGACUCCUGUGUCUGGACAGGCCCAGAGUAGAGCAGGCCAACUUCCGGUGGGGACCAGUGGAACAGGGGCCGAGAUCCUCAAUGUGGAGCAGCUGCAGAACCGCUUGGAGGCGAUCUGGAGCAGCCUGCUGUUCCCAGACAGUCAGCGCCUAGACAUGGCUGUCAAGUACAGCUCACCCUCAUACCAGGACCGGUUGGCGGAGGCGAUUGGGUCAUGGGAGCGAACUGCCAGCCUCAUUCAGCAGAGAGAGGCAUUGCUCUCCCGCCUGGAGCUGUUUGAAAGGGAAGCCUCCGACCCUAAGAGAUUCUUUGAGCGUGGAUAUCGAGGCACAUCGAUCGCGAGGAUGGAUGAGUCCAGGCACCGGCAGAAACUCUACAAACAGAUAGCAGCCUUGGAAAAGAUGCUGUUCAGGGAGGUCCGACACAUCAGAGACCGUUUGCGUGACACGGUCACAUACAAUGGAAGACCCUAUGAGCAGAAGAUGCGCUGGGAUCGCAUUGAGAUGCUGUACUGGUUGCAGGAGCAGCGGCGCGUACAGGCCCUGGAGGAUCAGGGGUCCUGUGCUGGCAGGCUGCCUCCACUGGAGCAAGCAUUUUCCUCCAGAUGUGGGCACACGCAUCACCCUCCGGGACACGUCCUCUCUGAGCCAGCUGUGAGCAAACUGCUGAGCUCCUGGACACAUAAGCCACCUCCUCAUCUCUGACAUUAUUUUUGUUGCUGCUGAUGAAUAAAAAUGCCUCGU